AUGGAGGGCGACCCCGUCGUCCAAAUUGCGCUGAUCGCCGAGUCCGCUCGGCUCCAGAUGACGUUGUCGACUUACGGUAUCGCCACCCAGACGCCGCAUGAGGUCGAGCCGGUGCAGAUUUGGCCGAGUUGGCGGCUGGUGAAGGUCUUCGAAUGCCUUGGACGAGACCCAAAGCUUCUGCUCGACGGCAGACCCCCAAGACCGUUCGGGCCGCUGUCAACAUCGAAGGUGUACCGCGUAUUUGGUGACACCGUGAUGUGCUACCCGCUGCUCUUCGAGGUAAAGGAUUUCUACGUGGCGUCCGAUCCGGCGAUUCUAAUUGACGAUAUCAAGCACGAAAUCGAGUUCAUCGCCCGUCGUUGGAAGCUGUCGGGGAGGCCGACGAUGUGCGUCUUGUUACGUGAGGAAAACGUGCUCGGCCCCUACUUCGACCAUAUGAUGGACCUGCUCGUGCAGCUGAAGAAUGGCUUCGUCGGCGGGAUCAGGGUUCGGCUCGGCAGGGUUCAUCAGCUUCUGAAUUCGGCCUGCAUCGAGCACGUCGACUUUGCGAACUCAGAUGACGUGGAGUUUGAUAUCGACAAAUUAGAGGAAGACGAUGGCCCCGGCUCGGAUUAUCGAUCAAGGACAAGCCUGAAGGAAGCGGCCAACGACGACGAGACGGUCGUGGAGUCCGACUUCACCGCGAUGAGCGACCACGCGCUCUAUGAAGUUCUCGUCCAUGACGAGCCGGAAAAGCUGCGCGCGACCGCUUUUGCCAUUGUGGCUUUUUGGCGACGGGCCGGGCCCGAGUUUAUGAUCGGAACAACCACACUUCGCGAGCGCCUCGAGAAAAUCUACCGCACUGCCUGCCAACUGCGGCUCUGGUGGCUAGUUCGAUACUGCGCCGGCCACCUCCAGAAAAGCGUGAACAGCUUGGCGCCGUCGAUUACCAACCUGUUAGUGCGUGGCAAACAGAUCACCGUCGGCGUGCGCAGUGUGAAGGAGGUGACCAUCUCGACGCCGAUGGCCCCGCAGGAGCUGUUCACGCUCUUGUUUUCGUGCUGCCCGAAGGAGGAGCCGCAGAUGGCGUGCAUCCAGCAGGAGUUGAUCAUUGCCUGCGCCGAUUUGAUCGGUCACAGCCCCGAGUCUUUCUCCGGCGUGCUGACCGUCCGGAUGUCGUGGCUGGCCGACGCGAUUCAGAUGCUCCUCUCCUACGUGAACGCAUCGGAAGCCGUGUCGGACUCGUCCCCCCGCACCGGCUCCCUUCACUUCACCCCGCCGACUCCGGGGACAACGGGGAUUCCGCACGAAAUCCGCCGGAAGAGCAUCUACGACCUGUCGCCGACGAUCAUCAAGGACGUGCUGGGGUCGCUGAUGGCCCGAAAAGUGUGGCAUUUACUGACCCCACUGCAAACUCGUCGACUAAAUGGUGCGCUGAACCGGAUGCCGGAAGGUUUCUACGAUCGAGUUUGGGGGAUUCUGGAGCGAGCCGAUCAUGGGAUUUCGAUCGCACAUCAAUUAUUGCCCCAGCAACCUACCCUGCUCGACAUGACCAAAUUCGAGCUGAACUUUGCCUACCGUAUCGAGCAGAUGAUGAGCCAGAUCGCCCAUCCGGAGUAUCGACAGAUUUUGGUGGAGCUCCUCUGCAUCAUCGCCACGAUGCUCGAGCGGAACCCGGAGAUCCACUUUGGCGAGCUGCUUGACUGCGACGAGAUGAUCAAGCAGGCGUUCAUCAUCUACGCGACUUCGGCCGGAAUCAAGGAUACGCGUGACCUGACCCCGUUCUACCAGCUCGACAACAUUGCGAUGAACACCAGCACGGCCACGUUUAUUACUAAGGCAGUGGUCGAGCACGUGCUCCAAGGCCGCCACCUCUCCCGCCCGAUCGACAUCUUCCACCCGUCGAGAGGUCGCGAGCUGUCCGCCCAGCAAAAGCCGCCAAGCGGGGAUAUGAGCCCGACGGGCGAGGCGGAGAAGUGCAAGGUACAG